CUUUGAGAACUAUGCCGCCAAUAGUUUGAAGUUUAUGUCUAUCGAUCCGAAACGUGGAAUGGGCCGUUCAAAUAACGUCAGGGAUUUCCUGGGUAUCAUACGCUACAAGCAAUGUAAUGGAAAGCAUCAACAACUCCCAAGCCUCACCUAUUCGCCAGCUGAACUGAUCGAACAUUUCCGAAUGCUGCACGAAGACAUCUCCCUGUGCAUCUACAGUUUCAACGAAAGCUUGAACCCCAUUUUCCUCUUCCACAUUGUCAUCGAGUUGACAGUUUUGAUCAUCAAUGCCUACGCGACCGUGGCCUACUUUGUUUAUACCUUCAAAAACCCAUUGGCUUCAGCUAUUCAGAUGAUCAACUACGUAUUUUUGUUGUUCCAUUGCAUCGGGAUGAUUGUGUUUCUGAGGAAUGCUCAACAUUUGAAGAAUAUGGUUACAGGUCUUAUAAAUUUGCUCCUCGAGCAUUCGUCAACUGUUUCUACUCUGGAAGAGCACCAGCAGAUCAGGUUAUUUAUAGAGAAAUUGAAGCAUCACAGACACUUAAGUGCAAGUGGCGUUUUCGAGAUCAACCUAGGAAUUGCCGGACCUAUUGCUGCAAACAUUUUGACGUAUGUACUUGUUGCAUUGCAGUUCGAGGUACCUCAAGAAUAAAAUCGACGAGUCACUAGCUAGUGAGGCACCGUUAGAUAUGGUAGAUACCCUAAUACUCGUACGCUUCUGACAAUGUUAUUAUUAUUAUUAAACAAAUUUGAGUUGAGUACAA